AUGCUCCUGGGACUCGCUUCAAUCUUGCUAACGCUCACUGGUCGGGCUGCAGCGACUGCUUGUUCUGCAGAUAGCCCAUGCUCAGAGGGUUGCUGCUCCUCCGUCUCCAAUGUCUGCGGCUACGGGCCUUCGUACUGUGGCGAUACUUGCAUAGCCGCUGCCAGCACGAACGGUACCUGCUCGCAGCUCUCCGAAUGCGAUCCAGGUGUUUACCCGGGAUACGGAACGACUUGGGGAUCCGAAUAUGCCGAGGCUGAGACAUGUCCUCUCAAUGUUUGCUGCAGUGAAUAUGGCUUUUGUGGAACGAGCAGUGACUUCUGCGGAAGCACAACCUGGGACGAACCCUCGUGCUCAGGGUCUUCUUCUACUGGCCGCGCCAUUGGGUAUUAUGAAGGAUGGAACCUUUAUACUUAUUCAUGUCUGCAAAUGACUCCGGAACAGAUUCCCGUUGGCGCUUACACCCAUUUGAACUUUGCCUUCCUGUACAUCGAUCCCGACACAUUUGAAGUUACUCCCAUGGACUCCCAGCAGGUGGAUUUAUACAGCCGUUUCACGGCCCUAAAGGACUCAUCCCCAGGCUUAGAAACAUGGAUCUCAGUCGGAGGAUGGGCCAUGAAUGACCCAGGCUCUACGCAGACAACCUUUUCCGAACUCGCGGCAUCAACGUCUGCUCAGACUGCCUUCAUAAAUUCUUUAAAGUCUUUCAUGGAUGAGUAUGGGUUUGAUGGUGUGGAUAUUGACUGGGAAUAUCCCGGUGCCUCUGACCGCGGCGGAAUCUCAGCCGACUACGACAACUUCGUGACUCUGCUCCAAAAUGUCCGCAGUGGAUUGGGUAGCAGCUACGGUUUAUCCCUUACCCUGCCGACCAGCUACUGGUAUAUGCAGUACUUUGAUAUCGUCAACAUCGCGAAAACAAUUGAUUGGUUUAAUGUGAUGACUUAUGACAUUUAUGGAACGUGGGACGCCACCGUCGCGGACAUCGGAGCUUAUGUCUACGCCGAUACAAAUCUCACCAUGAUUCGCAAGGGUCUGGAGUUGCUGUGGCAUAAUGAUAUUGACCCAAGCAUGGUUAAUAUUGGUUAUGGAUUCUAUGGACGCAGUGCGUUUACCACAACCCCAGCUCCAUCUGAUAGUACAUUGUCAACUAAACCUCUCAUCCAGGCUACACGCUCAGCGAUGCCUCAUGCUCAGACACAGGGUGUCCCUUCAGCGCCGGAGUUUCGUGACCAAGGGAAUGCUGGCCCCUGCACAAACACCGAAGGCAUGCUGUCUUACUCCGAGAUCAAGGAAAUCAUUACAGACUCCAGUCGGGGUGCCACUGUCACUUUAGACUCCGAAGCAGCCGUGAAGAUUGCCGUAUUCGACAAUGACCAGUGGGUUGGAUAUGACGAUGCCGAGACGCUCCGCAUGAAGCAGGAAUUCGCCGACUCGGUGUGUAUUGGCGGAUUCCUCACCUGGGCUGUUGAUCAGGAUAACACCGGGGCCCUGUCUGGAGGGGUAUCAAACGUCACCGAUCUAUAUCCGCAGACAAACAGCAGUGGUGUGGGCGGAGAAGUCUACAUCGGACCUAGUCUCUGGACCAACGAUACCCAGGAAGUUGCUUGUGCGCCGCCUUGUACAUUUAUUUUGCCUCCGCAUUCUCUCUCAACAAGCUCCGUCGUCACCUGGCCAGCGUUCACGACCUCCGUGCUGGUAAGUAACGAAGGAGGUGAGAUUACCAGCAAGGAAACGGUGAUCUCUGUUGAGCCCUUUACCAUUACCGAGAUACCCUUCUGGCCGGUCACGGUUGUGGAAACGAAUACUCUUCCUGCAACAAUCCAACCCGAACAAAGCGUCAUGCCCCCACGAAUGACAAUUGUCCUUCCUGGCUCGGAGACUCUGUUCCCUGUUACGGAUGCGUCGUCUACCACAGCAGCCACGUCCACGUCUACAAUCGCCACUGGCCAGACGAGCUCAGGCUCAGGCUCAGGUACAACGUCGUCAUCUGUAUCCACGCCGGCUGCCGUGCAAACAGGCAUCACGUCGGGCUGUACAGAAUUCUACAAAGCAGAGACCGGAGACAGCUGUUGGUCUAUAUCUCAAGAUUAUGGUAUCUCGCUAGAUGACUUUUACGACUGGAACCCGGCCGUGGGUGAUGAUUGUGCCGGGUUAUGGCUCGAUGAGUACUACUGCGUUGCAACUUCAUCGUUAAACCCUUCAACUACCAGCUCAACCUCCAGCUCAACCUCCAGCUCAACCUCCAGCUCAACCUCCAGCUCAACCUCCAGCUCAAUCAUCCUGGGCGUGAUACCAACUUUCUACUCUACGUCUCACAGCGUGGUCAUUCAGCCGCAGCCAACAGUCUCCCAAAUCCUCCCCUCUAGUCUCGUACCCCCCGUGAGCUAUUCCACCGGGACUCCUCCCAGCAGUGAUGGUUGCGGCUCGGACAGUAGCAGCUCCGGAUGUGGAAGCCUGGACUGCAUCCUAUUUGGCUGCAAUGGCGGUUGCGGCAUCUUUGGGUGUGAUGGUGGUUGUGGAAUUGGAUUCUGCGGGGGCGGAUGUGGACUGGACGGCUGCGGUCCGGGUUGUGGUGAUGGCGACUGUGAUAAUGAAGGUGGUGGCGGCGGAGAAGGUAGCGAUGACGACGACGACGACGACGACGACGACGACGACGACGAUGAUGAUGAUGACGACGACGACUGCACCUCCAGCCAGACCGCAGACAUCUGUACGGUGUAUGUGAGUAGUUCAUCCGUCACGAAGGAGUCAUCAUGGAGCACAACUACGACUACGCUCUGCUACACCACGGCAGGCUGCUCCGUCGACGCAUCCACCACGACCACUACGCUCUCCACCACCGCAGCAGCAUGUGCCCUUCCCACCAUCGCCUCCAACUUCCCCUUUGCCUUCGGCACCGACGGCCCCAUCCUCACCUCCAUCACGAGAUCGCUCUCCGAAUCCAUCAUCAUGACUACCGAUGCUCCUACGAGCAGCACAACUAAGAGUUCUAGUGGCAGCGGCUCAUCGUCCACCACCAAGAGCGACGACAACGACUCAUCCUCAACUAGCAGCACCAAGGGCGACGACAGCAGUAGCUCGUCAACCACAUCCAAAGCCACAAGCACGAGCACGAGCACCUCCAGCUCCAGCCCCUCCGUGCCGAGCAACUACUACGAGCUCAACCUCUACUCCGACGAUUCCUGCGGAGACUUUGUCAUUACCGCGGAAGGCAGCUCCGACAACGAGUACUCAGUGGGCUGCCAGCCCUGGGACACAGAAGGGGUGUACAACAGCGUGAAGCCGUACUUUGACGACUCGCUGUUCUCCAUCACCGUGUACAAGGGGAGUAGCUGUGACUCGGACGAGACGGUCGAGUUGAAGACGUCGGGGAAGUGCUAUGAUGUCAGUUUUGCAGAUGAGAAUGGGUCGUUCAAGAUUGAAAUUUUGUGA